AUGUACUGGGGUAUUGGGAACUCAGGUCAUGUCGAGGCGUUUAACCGUAAUUAUUUUGAGGUGUUUAACCUGAACGGUGUCUCUGUCAAGACCAUGGUUACCGAUAGGCGGGAGGUGGUUGAUGAUCAUAUAUCGCGUUUUUUGGGAACAACUUAUUCCAGGACAAAGGUUUUCGGAUUUGACGCCGACUGGACUACUCAUAAUCCUGAUACCUUGUCGUCGAGUUGCGCUGCUGUGCACAUCUGUGAUGAAACUUCGUGUCUUAUAAUUAUGAUAAGUCAUGUUGUUCCACAAUCACUUGUUAAUUUUCUUCGCCAUCCGAAUUAUAUCUUUGUAGGUUUCGGUAUCAAUGAUAAUGUAGCUAAGUUGGAGAAGAAUUAUGGGUUUGGAUGCAGAAAUGCUGUGGAGCUUGGACCGCUGGCUGCUACAAUCAUAAAGAGUUCUCGUUUGAGUUAUUGCGGUGUUGAUGAACUAGCUAGGGUGGUUAAUGGGUGUGAUCUUUCGAACAAUAGGUCUUCGAGCAUUGGCUUUCAGUGGGAUAAGAUGGAUGAUAUCAAAGAGCUUGCUAAACUUGUUACUAUUAAUGUUUAUUCUUAUCACAUGAUUGGGACUAAACUACUGCUUUGUUUACUUGUUUUAGUUGGAUUUAAUAAUUCAUAUUUUGUUGGCUAA